AGGGGUGGUAAAGGGGCUGCUUAGAGGCAGAGCAGCUGGGGUACAGUACAAGCCACUCAUACAGAAACAGUUCCAAGUCUGCACUGAUUUCCCCUUGCCUGUUCAUUGGAUUGGUUUGAUUAUUUUUUCUUGAUGAAAAUAUCUUUCUUCAAGAGGGCAUUCAAAUACUGUUCAUCUUCCCUAAGAAAAUUCAUCCAGGACAUGCUGUGUAACAUGCUUUUGAAAAGGAAGGUGGAUUCCAAGCUGAGGCUCCAAUAGCCACAUGGGCAGUGGGAGUGGAAGCAUGAAGGCAUUUGACAACAAAGCUCAAUGGAUCCCAAGUCUCUCUGGCAGUUCAACAUUACAAAACUCAUGAUUUUCUUUCUCAAAAAUAAGGCCAUUAGCAUUGCAACAUCAUGUUCUGGGGCAUUUGCUUUUAUGAGAAGACUCAAGUGAAAACUGAAGAGAGACAGGAAUGGCAAGGGAAGUGCUGACAGACAUCAGACUUUCAUCUCUGUGUCUCUGGGCCACCAUAGCAGCACUCAAUAGCUACUGUCAUCUGAUGGAUCAGUGCUGCCUGGAAACUAUGAGAGCCACAUCUGGCUCUCGGUUCCCAGCGGACAAACACCCGCAGCACAAAGCCAGCUUGGGGAUGGCAGCUGUUUGCAUUCCUGCUACCACACUCUGGAACGCAGAAGCACGGAUGCUGCCCAGUGUGGCAAGCCAGCUGCUCAAGAGCAGCAAAGCAACAAGGAAAAACAUGCCUUGCCAUUCCCAGUGCUGUUUUCAAGGCAGAUUCCUGCCUCCACAAAGGGCUACUCAGCACCUUUUUAAUUCUCUAUGGCCAUACCUACAUCUGCUAUGUAGAGCUUGGUGCUGAGGCCCUGUCUCAUGCUGCGAGUGCACAGGGCAUUAGUUCCCUGAGUAAAGAAACCUGCUCUUGGGCUGUGGGGUUGCUAUGCAAGUCAUCUUAAAAGCAUGCUUUAGACCCAAAACAAAGGGUCUAUAUAUAUAUAUAUAUACAUAACAUCUCCAUAACCAGUUAGCAUAGCAUUAAAUAAAUAAAUAAAUAAAUGGCUUCAAAUUUGCAGAAAGAGCAGUAAAAUAAGUAAAAUACAAUUAAAAGACCGGGAUGCCUCAGGAACAAGAAUCUCCUCGGCCCUUCUCCCGGCCCCACAUCCCACGACUGCCGUGCCCCCGCUCCCUCCCGCAGCCACCAGGUGGCGGCCUCGGAGCGGAGCAGGGCACGGCAGCGGGCGCUACGCGGCCGCCCCCGGCUGCCGGCCCGCGGGCACCGAGCCGUGGUCCCGGCCGUGCCGCUUUGUUCCAGCGGUGGGUGAAAACCCGGAGGCGAAUUAGCGGCCGUCCCACAGGCGCCCUGCACAGCGUGCAGGAGCUUCUCUGCCCACCGCCCCACGCUGCCAACACGCAGCGCCCGUUCAUUGCCUCUCUCCAGCUGAUGCCUGUGGGUCCAAAGAGGGUGGGGGAUGAUGGUUUAUAAUUAACACAAUUAAAAAUAGACUUUGAAUAAACCAAAAGCAGAGAGGCUGCUGUGUGACUGUUACGGUAGAAGGGAAACUAAGGGCAUUGCUCACACAAAGGAUGGCCUGGGACUCACUGUGUGGCAGGGACCUGCUGCGUCCCACAAUAAGAAGAGCCUCAAGUAUUACUCGCAGAGGGCAGAGAGGAGACACCCCAUCCCUGGAGGAGCUGCAGCGCCUGCUUUGGACACGUGCACACCCCAGGGGGCAUGUGGAUGAAGUCUGGCCAAACCUUUAUGUGGGAGACCUGUAUGUUGCUCGUGACAAAGCACAGCUGAGCCGAAUGGGCAUCUCCCAUAUUGUGAAUGCUGCUGCUGGGCGCUUCCACAUCAACACUGGCCCCAACUUCUACAAAGACCUUCCCGUGGAUUACUAUGGUGUAGAAGCAGAGGACAGCCCAAACUUUGAUCUCAGCAUUUACUUCUACCCAGUUGCUCGGUACAUAAGAGCCGCACUGAAUUCCCCAAGAGGCAAAGUACUGGUCCACUGCGCAAUGGGAAUCAGUCGAUCUGCAACUCUUGUCCUCGCCUUCCUAAUGAUCUGCGAGGACAUGUCCCUUGCUGAUGCAAUUCAGGCCGUACGCUCCCACAGAGGGAUCUGCCCUAACUCUGGCUUCCUGGAGCAGCUGCGAGAGCUGGACCUGAGGCUGGGGAGAGAGAAACGUGCACGAGCUGGGGCCUGCUAGCACUGAGUUGGCCAGCAGCAAAAGCACAGCAGCAAAAGCUCCCACCAGGCUCAAGCUGAGGCUGGCACGUGGACACUGUGGGCACACUGCUGCAGCUGCACUGAGAAACUCUGCUGGGGAGAGCUGGUUGGAACUUGCAAUGUGUUUUUUGGAUAAGCCCACUAAUUGAAAGAAACCAAAAUAAAGAAGGAUUCAGAUUGGCAAUUUCGCCCACCUGGGCCUGCUUUUUUAACAACCUGCUGUGCGGGGCACAGGCAGCAGUUGGGUUUUCACACAGAAUUAAAAGGCAGCGCAGCCAACUUGA